UGAUGAUGUGGAAAUUGUUGCAUACACUUCACUGGAAUUUAGAAACUAUUGCGGCAUAUCUUUCAGGAUGCAAUUUUGACAAAUCAUUGUGUAGAUUAGAUGGUGUUCUGUUGUAAGAUUUGAUUUUUAGAUGUCGGCUGAACAUUUUUUCUUCAUUUUGAACUCACACCUGCUGCUUCAGAUGAGACCAGGGUCAAGGAAUUUGGACUGAAGUCUAUGUGGAGGAGUCCCAAUGGCACAAUAAGAAACAUUUUGAAUGGUACUGUUUUCCGAGAGCCUAUCCUUUGUAAGAACAUUCCCAGACUAGUUCCUGGUUGGAAGAAACCCAUUUGUAUUGGCAGGCAUGCAUUUGGAGAUCAAUAUCGUGCCACUGACACUAUCAUUAAAGGAGCAGGAAAGCUCAAAAUGAUUUUUGCUCCAGAAAAUGGGGAAGCACCGGUGGAACUCGAUGUAUAUGAUUUCAAAGGCCCUGGGGUUGCCCUUGCUAUGUACAAUGUUGAUCAGUCAAUUCGUGCAUUUGCUGAGUCAUCGAUGUCAAUGGCAUUUUCAAAGAAAUGGCCCCUGUACUUGAGCACAAAAAAUACAAUUCUGAAGAAAUAUGACGGAAGGUUCAAGGACAUCUUCGAAGAGGUAUACCAGGAGAAAUGGAAGGCAAAGUUUGAGGAACACUCAAUAUGGUAUGAGCACCGGUUAAUAGAUGAUAUGGUUGCUUAUGCCGUAAAAAGUGACGGUGGUUAUGUUUGGGCUUGCAAAAACUAUGACGGAGACGUGCAGAGUGAUUUACUUGCUCAAGGUUUCGGUUCUCUGGGCCUUAUGACUUCUGUUUUGUUAUCCUCUGAUGGCAAGACUUUAGAAUCUGAAGCAGCUCAUGGAACUGUGACUCGCCACUUUCGGCUGCACCAGAAGGGACAAGAAACCAGCACAAAUAGUAUAGCUUCCAUUUUUGCAUGGACCAGAGGACUAAGCCAUCGGGCCGAACUUGAUGAGAACAAGAAGCUCAUGGAUUUUGCUCAGAAACUAGAGACUGCUUGUGUAGAGACAGUAGAGUCAGGAAAGAUGACCAAGGAUCUUGCACUGUUGAUUCAUGGACCCAAGGUUUCAAGGGAGUUGUACUUAAACACCGAAGAGUUUAUCGACGCCGUAGCCCAUAACCUCAGAUCAAAGAUUGUUGCUCCCUCGCUUGCAUAGAUUGCUCAUUGGUUCAUAUUUCAUUCUUUUGGCUAAAUUGAAAAUACUUGUGAUCUUCUGAGGAACUGCUACAUAUGUUGCCUUGUCCAUGAAUGCAAUUCUUGAAUUUCAUUCACACUUAGAGAGAUGAAGAAACAUACUUACUCCAUUGUUACUUCAUACUUUUACUAAGAUUUAAUACACAUUUGUUAGUUAAAUAUGGAUUGAGUAUUAAACGGUUAAUACGGAG